ACGAACCUUUCCUUCUUCUUCUUCUUCAUCUUCUUCCUUGUUCAAUAUUUUACUACUCAUCGGAAAAUGGCCGGAGCAUCUGUUUCUUUCAUUUCACCGGCGACCCAACAAAUGGAAUCUCUGUUCGAUCCCAAAUCCCUAAUUCUCUCUCAAUUUGAAUUCAACAAUGAAAGCUUCGUCUUUGAAAGAGGUCCUCGUUACAAAGCGUACGCAGAUCUUAGAGAAUCGAAACUUCGAAGAAAGAUGAUGGGACAAGAAGAUUCCGUUGAAAUCAAUCUCUCCCCUCUUAAAAAACAGGUCAGAUUUCAGGGGAGUUUAUUACCGGAGCCAACUCCGAUCAGGAGAAGGCCCACUUCUUCAUUAGCUCAAUCGGUGCCCGAUUUCUCGGCGGUUAUUAGGAAGGAAAAUAGGAAGCCGGCGAACAUGUUGCCGCCGUUGGCGGAGAAGUCGGCGACGACACCGCCGGCAAAGAGUAGUUCGAAGAUGUACGGAGUUGGGUCGAGAUCAACGGGAGGAAGUAGGUCGGCGAAUUCAUUGGAGAAGAAAGGCGGUGGGAUUCUAGCUAGGAAAAGCUAUGCGAGUAUUGAAGAGCUAAGGGGGAUUUCGACGGCGGCGGCGAAUGGGAUCGGCCGGAGUAGCAGAGGCGGUGGAAUUGUUAAGGGUAUUAUGACGGGUUACAGGCAGUGAAAUCAAUUGAAAAACUUGAAUUUGUUUUGAAUAAUAAUAAUCAUCCUUAAAAAAAACAUCAUUUUUCUUUUCAAAUGUUUUUCUGUUCUUCAUGAAAUUUCCUCAAAUCAUUCAUUCAGUUUGUUCUACUCUUUCUUGAUUGUAUAGAUCAUUUGGUUUCAUUUGAAACACUUGUAUUGAAUCCAAAUUUGAAUUUGAAUCUAAACUUUGACAAUAAUAGUGUAAUUUUUU